UGAAACGCAAGCUGAAAGCGACAACACGAGCAAAUUGUCUUUGCGAAAUGCUAUUUAAUUAUAAAUGUUGCCUUAUCUGCCUUUUGCUACUGUGGGGCCAAGUGUGGGGUCAAGAUUUUGAACCAGAGUUCCCAGAGGAUUUUCCAACUGAAGCUGCACCGACAACAACAGGCACAACAAUAGAACCAGCUACAGAGUUGCCAGUAACAACAACAACAACAACAACAGCCGCAACAACAGAAGCUGCUCCGGAUUUGCCAAUGACGACAACAACCACAACAGAACCAGCAACCACAACAACAGAAGCUGCCCAGGAGUUGCCUUCAACAACAACAACAACCACAACAGAACCAGCAACCACAACAACCACAACAACAACAGAACUAACAACAACCACUACAGAAGCAACCACAACAACAGAACGAACAACAUCAAGACGAACACCAACAACAACCACAACAGAGUGGCCCAUCCUUACCCCAAGUCAGCCUUAUUAUCCGACCUUUGACCCGCCCACCAGGCCACCCUACUUUAAACCCGUUUAUCACUGGAACUGGGAUCUCUAUGAUAACGAUAGUGAUGAGCGGCGUUGUUAUCUGAAGGAUCAAGUGCAGCACAGUCGUUUUCGCUGGAGUUGUGGAUUUACAAAAUCGUUGCCUGUAAUAAGCUGUUAUCGCUGCUGUUACUAUGGAAAUAGCAGAUUUGCAGGUUGUAGCAAAUUGCACAGUGGACGCUGCAGUGCUAUGAGCAGCAACUGGCAGAUAUAAUAUUUAAAUGGGUAUUUCCCACCAACCAUAUAUAGUAUGCCAAUAUUUCCAUUAGAAUUACGCGAGGUUUUUAACAAGCUUUAAGAGAUGUGUUGUACAUUUAUUUUUGAGUAUUUUUCUAGUUCUUAAUAUGAAAGCUCAUUAAGGGUGGAAUAUUUCUAUACUUUUAAAGUAUAACUUUAAAACAAUUUAAAAUAUGA